CUAACGGCUCUGCGUCGUGGCCGCGUUGCAGAGAAACAGAGAGGGGACAGGAGAGAGGAGGGAAAAAAAACUCGUAUCUUUCUCUCUCUCUCUCUCUCGUGUGAGGUGGCGAGCCCGAGGAGCGGAGGCCACAAGUCCAAUCCGCCCGUAUCUAAUCCGCUCGAGCGCCGGGAGGAGGAGAGGGAGGGGGAGCGGCGGGGCGGGCCUUCUUGAUUCGGGGCUCGUUCUCCUGUGCUUCGAGGUUGGCACUUUGGGUGUACAAUCUCAGCUUCUUUGAAUUCCGAAGCACGGUUGAACCAUGGCCGGGUCCCUUGCAGCCUCAGCUUUCUUCCCUUGCCCAGGGGCUUCCCCGGCUGCCGCCGCCAAAACAUCGAAGAACAUGGCUGGCGAAUUACCGGAGACUUUGAGUGUCCGUGGUAUUGUCGCAAAGCCUGGCGCCCCUUCUGGGAACAUGCAAGUGAAGGCUCAAGCACAGGCCCUUCCCAAAGUUAAUGGCACCAAGGUUAACCUCAAGAAUGCGAGCGCAGACAAGGAGGAGGUGAUACCCUACAGUGCUCCCAAGACAUUCUACAACCAACUGCCAGAUUGGAGCAUGCUUCUUGCGGCUGUCACUACCAUCUUCCUGGCAGCAGAGAAGCAGUGGACAUUGCUUGACUGGAAGCCCAAGAAACCCGACAUGCUUGUUGAUACAUUUGGCUUUGGUAGGAUCAUCCAGGACGGGCUGGUGUUUAGGCAGAAUUUCUUGAUUCGGUCCUAUGAGAUCGGUGCUGAUCGUACGGCUUCUAUAGAGACGUUAAUGAAUCAUUUACAGGAAACAGCUCUAAACCAUGUAAAGACAGCUGGUCUUCUUGGAGAUGGUUUUGGUGCCACGCCAGAGAUGAGCAAGCGAAACUUGAUCUGGGUUGUCAGCAAAAUUCAGCUUCUUGUUGAGCAAUACCCCUCAUGGGGAGAUAUGGUUCAAGUGGACACAUGGGUAGCUGCUGCUGGCAAAAAUGGCAUGCGUCGAGACUGGCAUGUUCGUGACUACAAUUCUGGCCGUACGAUCUUGAGAGCAACAAGUGUUUGGGUGAUGAUGAAUAAGAACACUAGAAGGCUUUCGAAAAUGCCAGAUGAAGUCAGGGCUGAGAUAGGUCCAUAUUUCAAUGGUCGCACAGCCAUAUCAGAGGAUCAAAGUGAGAAGUUGGCGAAGCCAGGAAGCGCAUCUGAUGGUGACGCUGCGAAGCAGUUCAUGAGGAAGGGGCUCACUCCUAGGUGGGGAGACCUUGAUGUCAACCAGCAUGUGAAUAAUGUCAAGUAUAUUGGUUGGAUUCUUGAGAGUGCACCUAUUUCGAUCCUGGAAAAGCACGAGCUUGCGAGCAUGACACUGGACUACAGGAAGGAGUGUGGCCGCGACAGCAUCCUGCAGUCACUCACCACCGUGGCAGGUGAAUGUGUGGAUGGUGCAGAUUCCACCAUCCAGUGCGACCACCUGCUACAGCUGGAGUCAGGGGCCGAUAUCGUGAAGGCACACACGGAAUGGCGGCCCAAGCGGGUGCACGGCGGUGAGGGGAACAUGGGGUUUUUCCCAGCCGAGAGCGCAUGAACAUCCCCCUGAAGCUGAACCGGCCGAGCAAGAACGUGGUGGGGGCUCCUGUAUGUGAAGCGCGGAUCCUAAGUUAUGCCUACUAACCCAGAACGAGUGUUUGGUCGCGAGAAGUUUGGCUUGCUGGGGAACGCCGCAUUACCUGGGACAGUGUAAGGACGGAAGCUGCAAGAGGAUUGGAGGAGGAUGGUGAAGCCCAGGGGGAGAGGAUGAGAAAGGAGCUUGUGUUAUUAGGACAGCAAAACGGGAGGGUGACUGAGUUGUGCUGUGAUACGCCGAUUGCUGAAUCAAGGAGCCAGGAGCUGAUUUGGGGCCGGAGAGCAAAAGAUUGUGCUGCAGGGGACAGUGUUAGUAGUGGUUUUAGGCCAGGUUGGGUGUGUAGAAGGCAUUCCCUUUUGUAACAGCCUAAUUUGUACAUUCUUACCAUCUUAUCCUAUCCUAUUGGUUGGUUGAAUCGCAGCCCUCCUGCGCUUCCAUCCAUGAUGAAUCCAGGACCAUUUCGUGUA